AUGGAAUCCAUCAUUGAAUACAAGAAAUCUAUUCAGGAAAGAUUAGACAAUGCAGAUCUAUUAGUAACUAAGACAGUAAAUCUCAAUGCCAAAUUAGAAUCAGAAUUAAAGAACAAAAAUCAGGAGAUAGAACAACUUCGAAAAGAAGUAGCUUCUUUGAAGAAAACAAAUCAAGAUUUAUCAACAAAAUGCUCACAGGGAGAUGAAGAUUUAGAAGUCAUUAAAGAUUUUUUUUCGCAUAUGGUGCAAGUUAGGGUACAGACAGGGUCACCAUAUGAGGACGAUCAGGGAUUAUGGUUUAAUAUAUCCCAAGGUAAUAAUACCAUAUCAAUAGAUUAUAAGUUAGGAUUUGUUAAAGGUGAGGUAAAGAAUGAUAAUAUUGGUGAACAAAAGGAAGAAUUGAGCGAUAUAGAUAAGAAUAAGAAUACUACUGAAAUUAUUUAUGUACCGUUGUUAAAAGAACUGUCCUUAGAUGAAUUAAAACUGUUACAGGAGAAACUACCAAGUUAUAUGUUUGAAACUUUAAGUUUCCCAUUGGAUGCAUUGAAUCAAUUUUAUUCAAAGAUGUCCAAGUGUCUGAAUAAGCGGACAAACAAGUAA